AUGGAGUACCUUCCUAGCCUUCAACAAGAGUUCGAUGAGCAUAAGCCAUCGCUCUUCGAACUCCUUGCCGAACAACAACUCUCGGAUCUACUUCCGCCAUCAAUUCGUUACCUUCUUGCAGUCGCUACACACCGCCACCCGCGAUACCUACUACGGAUCCUCAAUUCAUACGAUGAAGUCUACGCUCUCCUCUCCCUAGUCGUCGAGCGCUAUUAUCUUCGCACAUUCGGUGGCUCCUUCACAGAGAACUUUUAUUCCUUAAAACGUGAACGUGUUCUUCGCACAAAGAAUGGCGAGAUUCCGCGCGCCCAGGUUGGCGCUGGCGGUCCCGUGCGCGAUGCCUUGAAACUACACUCAACCGACGUGUGGAAGAACCUCCUUGUGAUGGUCGGCAUUCCAUACCUAAAGCGCAAGCUUGACGAAAGAUACGAUAUUCAUGCGGCGCCACACGCAUCUCUUGUUAUGGGAGGUGGGCCUCGAUAUAACCCCAAUGAUGAUCUACCAGCGCGUCCAACAGUGCGCCAACGCCUUUUCCACUACUACAAGUGGUUCCUCCGCAACGUAUACCCUUCCGUGAACGCGGCAUAUUACUUUUCAGUCCUAGCGUUUAAUCUCGCUUAUCUUUUCGAUAAUACGAAGUAUUCCUCCCCAUUCCUGUGGCUCAUUGGAAGCCGCAUUCGCCGCCUCGGAGCAGCAGAUCAGCGCGCUAUCGCAGAGGUGCUAGACCCGAAGCUCUCGGGCGGCAGAUCUCAGAGACCUAGAUCAGGGCUACUGGGUCUUCUCAGCCCUCAGAACCUCUACCCACAACUCUUAACCUCUCUGCGCUACUUCCUUCCCGCAUCCAUCUUUGCUCUAAAAUUCCUGGAGUGGUGGCAUGCAAGUGAUUUCUCACGGCAAUUAGCCCGCAAAGCAACCGAGGUUCUCGAUUUACCCGCACCUGUCGUUUCAGGUCUAACGAGCCCUGUUGAGCGACGCAAGGCUGGUCAAGAAGAGAAGGAGAAGAAGCAGGCUGAACAAGAAAAGAAAUCCACUGGGGAUCUUAAAUCCGCACUUAAAUCACCUCGGCGGCAUCAACCACCCAUCUCUGCGAAUUCCUACCUUCCCAUCUUCACUGUUCCCUUACCACCUGCGGAUCCCUCUAGCGCUAAUACUUGCCCUGUCUGUCUGAACACACUGGUCAAUCCGACCGCGUGUCAAACAGGAUAUGUAUUCUGCUAUGUGUGUAUCUUCCACUGGCUCAAUGGCGAACAUCAGCGCCAGUUGGAUUUCAUGAAUGGAGAGGGAGCUGGCGCAGCAUGGGAAGAGGAAAUCACAGGGGAUGAUGAUAAAAUGAAGGACUCUGAUGGUGAUGCUGGUGAGAAGGGCUCUCGCAAGCGCGGAGGGAAAUGGGAGAGCGGCAAAGGAAGAUGCCCUGUUACAGGCAGGAGAGUGUUGGGAGGAACAGAAGGCCUCCGUCGUGUGCUUAUUUGA